AUGGCAGUGGCUGGCAGUGGGAUACCUGCAGAUCUCACCCAGGGUGAGGACUCCGUAGAGAGCUACAUUAAAAAGCUGGUGUUGCAGCAAAAAACUGGUGAAGUCACAGAACAGUAUGCAAUCACAAAGCAUCACUGGAAACCGAGUGACUCCAGGAAGGUCUGUGCCACGGAGGGCUGUGGAAACAGGUUCAGUUUGAUCAGCAGGAAACACCAUUGUAGAAGGUGUGGGGAGGUGUUCUGUGAGAGCUGUACGCGAUAUCAGAUGAGACUGAACACACUGGCCAGCCCAGACCCUCAGGGAAGACUACAGAAAGUAAAUAAUUAUAAUAAUAUUAUAAUAAUAAUCAGUGUUCGAAAUUAAUCCUGGACUGCCUGCCUGGAGCAGACAACUCUCA